AUGGUCACCUACAUCGACGUCCCCUCAGCUCCCGGCCGCCUCUCCUAUAUCCUGUCCACGCCGGGCAAGAAAGUGGCCGCAACCGAAAUCGAUCCAUCAUUUCCGACAGUACUUCUCUGCCAUCAACCAUGGGUCAAUAUGUAUAUCUACUAUCCUCAAUUUGAAGACCCCUCUCUAAAUGAGCACUUCAAUCUCCUCGCCAUUGACUUGCCCGGCCAUGGGUUGAAUCGUCUCAAGGAACCUCUGGAAGGCGAAAUCACAUGGCCCCGGAUGGCCGGGCUCUUCUAUGAAGGUCUUCAAGCCUUAGGGUUGAAGAAAGUUCACCUCGUGGGGAGCGAGGUAGGGACCUUGGCACCCAUGCAUAUGGCCAUCGCCCACCCGGAGAUUGUCGAAAGCUUGACUUUGGUCAAUCCGCCGGGGCGGACAGAUCCGGAGUCGGUUCUCUUGGGCUAUGCAGAAUGGUUCGCGGUCCAAGACGAGGUUAGAGAUACCGGUAACCCCGAUCUCAUCGACAUUCUAAGCGCCAUCAUGUUGGGGUUUUCUACGGGCCAGACGACGAAUUUGAUCCUGAGAGGUCUCUCUGACGAACUGGCAGUCUUUGCGAAAGCCAAAAUGUUUCAUGGAGAGAUGAGUUCAUCCCAUCAGGAGCCACCAAGCAAGUCUGACAGAACAUGCCAGUUUGUGCCCUUUCACGGCGUGUUCAUGCCACUCCUUAAGGACAGAUUCUCGGCGCCUUCCCCAGAGGAGCUCUCAAGGUUGGACGUCCCAACCUUGAUCAUCGAAAACGUCGUCAUAGGGGACGAAGAAGAGAGCGAGGCAAGCGAAGACGUAUGGGUCGACAUCGUUGACAAGGUCAAUGCUCUCGCCGCUUCACGUGGUAAGCCUCCUCUUGCAACACGCCACACUCUGGUCGGAGAGGCGAUCAGCAGAUUUCACGCCACCUCUCGUUGGACCACGUUGACACAUCCCGAGCUGCUCACGUCGCUUCUGAAAGACUUCUUUGUCAAAACCACCUCUUCCUCACUCUUUAUUCACACCGAAAGCCCUCUUGGCCGUUGCCAACCUCGCCAGAAUGAAACCGCAUUCGACGUUGGAGACAUCUUCAACUUUCUUCUCGAUCCGUCAAUGGCAUCGGCAAGUCAGGCAGAAGUGAAGACGUGGGCGGAUAUGGUGAGUGAGAUGGAGCAAUGUGGAGGAGUGAGUAUAGAAGAGACAGAGGUGUAUGUGGAGGUCGAGGAGUAG